CCACGGGGUUGUUGUGUUUUACAGGUUCAUGCCAUUCCUCUUCGAUCUUCCUGGGUCAUGACUUGUGCAUAUGCACCUUCAGGAAACUAUGUUGCCUGUGGUGGCUUAGACAACAUCUGCUCCAUUUACAACCUGAAAACACGUGAGGGGAAUGUACGUGUGAGCCGUGAGCUCGCAGGACAUACAGGAUAUCUGUCCUGUUGUCGCUUUAUUGAUGACAACCAGAUUGUUACAAGCUCUGGAGAUACCACUUGUGCACUUUGGGACAUUGAGACAGGCCAGCAGACGACUACAUUUGCUGGACACACAGGCGAUGUCAUGAGCCUGUCUCUGAGCCCUGACCUGCGGUCAUUUGUCUCCGGUGCUUGCGAUGCCUCUGCUAAACUCUGGGAUGUUCGAGAGGGCAUGUGCAAGCAGACUUUUACCGGCCACGAGUCUGACAUUAAUGCUAUCUGUUUCUUCCCUAAUGGCAAUGCCUUUGCCACGGGCUCUGAUGAUGCCACCUGCAGGCUGUUUGAUCUGCGAGCUGAUCAAGAACUGAUGAUCUACUCUCAUGACAACAUCAUAUGUGGCAUUACCUCUGUUGCAUUCUCAAAGAGCGGCCGCCUUCUGCUGGCAGGAUACGAUGACUUUAACUGUAAUGUGUGGGACACACUAAAAGCCGACCGUGCUGGUGUGUUGGCUGGACAUGACAACCGCGUUAGCUGCCUGGGAGUUACUGAUGACGGCAUGGCAGUUGCAACGGGAUCCUGGGACAGUUUUCUGAAGAUCUGGAAUUGAAGCCUGAAGGUUCUUUUUGUCGUAUUUGCAUUAAAGAUGUUCUUUUAACUCCAAAGUUGACUGGAAGACCAUUACAACUUGAGAAUGUUCACAGCAUCAUCUUCAACACUGUUUAAACUGACUUGGACACCACAAAAACGAAGGGAAACAAAUGCCUUUCCUACACAAAGAAGAGCACAAUUGUUUAUCACCUAGUUAAGAAAGGAUCUCCUGUGGUAUCGAAUCAGAAACUUGUGCAUUCCUUCUUGGACCAUUUUAUGUUACCUUGAACGAGAAAACAACACUAUCAUCCCAUGCAAAUGUGUGCGUCUUGAAAGCAAAUGUUGGAGUGUAAUUGUACAAAUUAUUUAACUUUUUUUUUUUUCUUUUUUCUUUUUUUUUUUUUUUUUAAGAUUUCUAUUCUGAUGGUUUAUUAUUCUUGAUGGCUUUUUCUCUUUGACAUAUUUCUUUAGUGGUUUUAGAUAUAUUUGAAUUACAGCUUGUCUUUGUAAUCCAGGUAAAUCAUAUGAGAAAAACAUGCAGAAGUAAAAGCUUGGAUCAUAUUACACGAGCAGCUUUCGAAUUGUCCAUGAUGUAUUUAUAUUCUAGCUGUUUUUGUUCCACCACGGCUCUUUGCACAUGAAGCUUCGCCUCUAAACUAAUAACAUUGUUAAUUAACCAGGCACAUGCUAUAAGUUAUGAAUGCUCAUUCCAGUACAAACGGAGUUAUGAGGAAAAUUAUCCAAUUAGACCCCUGGAUUCUUGUACAUGCCUUUUUGACUUUUGGUUGGAAAGGGUAAGGACUUAGGUUUUGAGUUAAAUAAGGCAUGGCUUGAAUUGACUAUAUAGAGGGGGCUUUGUGUUCUGUAUCCACUUUGAGUGAAACACCUCACCUGACUUAAAUACACACUUCCUUUGCUUGGGACUGCAGUUACAACUCUGUGAAUGAAAUGUACAAAUCAAUGUCUGAAAAUAAUGGUCUGAUGUUUUAAGUUAAGACAUGAAAUUUUGUCUGCCAUGAGUUAAUUUAGAUGUGCAUGCUGUAGACUUGCUUUCAAUGGUGCAAAAACCCUAGAUUUUCUUUUACCAAAAAGGAGAGUUGACCUAUUGAUUGAAUUUAAUAGAAGCCAUUUUUUUUUGGCUCCAACUCUGCAUACAUCAUGUACUAAUACUGGUAAUGCUAUGCACCAGAGUGGUCAAGAAUGAUGAAAGGCUUGAUAUUAACUUCAUACUUUGUGUAAAUUAUGCUUACCAGUUCUAUCAAUGCCAAUUUGCUUUUUAAUAUAAAUCAUUGUGAGAAAUCUAUCCUCUCUCCUUCCAAUCUUCACAUUCAAUGGAACAAAAAUGUCCUUGCAUACUGUCCAUACUAAAACUUUUGUACAUUUUUAAUUUUUACUUUUUUUUUUUUUUUGGUCUUAAACUGAAAAUCAGAGCAUCUGAAUGCCAUUUCACUGUAUACAGAAGCACUUUUGUUAAGGUUGUGAGAUUGGUUCACCUUUUCUUUUUUUUCUUUUCUGCAAUGAUGUACAAUAAAUGUGAUGUAUUCGUGUGUGGCCACAAGUGAAAAUGCGAUUCAACUGAGAUUGAUUCUCCUUUUCUCUUUCCAUUGAUAAUAUAGAGCUCUGCACUCUUAUGUACCUUUCCACUUUUUGUAUUUCAUUUCAGUCUGUUGGUGUUCCACGGUGAGCUGGAUGCAAGAUAGAUACUGUACUAAACUGUACUGUUAUUGAUUGAAAAAUGUAAUAAAAAGCUGUUUGAGAUCU